AUGGAUUUCUGUUCCUUCCUCCUGCGCGUCCUUUGGGACGUUUUCGAAACCCUGUUUUGUCCUAACGUGGACAUCGAGGAUAUGGAUGACGAUGAUCAUCCAUACCUGUUUUUCGCCCUUGCCCUCGCGGUGGCUUUUGCCAUCGACUCCGCUGCCAAGUGGUGGAGUGAGAAGUCCACCCAGAAGGGUGGCACGUCGAUUCACCUGUCCAAUGGGACACUGCCUGCCGGGUUGAUCCCGUCUUCCUCCGAGGCACGUUUGCUGGCCGCUCACCGUCAACUGGAAGCCGAGCUCGCCAAGGAGAAGUCCGAGAGGUUGGCCCAGGCCCAAGAGCUCGACAAGACCAAGAAGGAUCUCGCCCAAUUCCAAGCUUACGCCAAGCACCUGGAGCAGAAUGCCAAGCCCAAUGGUUGGCAUCAAGACGGGGAGCGGCUCUCGAGCGCUCUGCAGUCAGAAGUUGAGCGGAAGAACCGGUUGAUCCGGGAUUACGCUGUGUCUCUGGAGAAGGCGAAGCAAGAGGCUCGUUCUGCCCGCGCUUGCCACCGAAACUGCCUGCUCGCUGCCCCCAAACCUGCCCAGAUCGAGGAAUCCGAGCCUUCGCUGCCGGCCCCGCGCGCGCUGGCAAUGGUCGGUACCCUGACGAAGAAGCUGGAAACGGCUAAUUCGUCUUGGCUGAAGCACUUCGACGAUUAUGAGGCUGGCUUUGUUGAACAACACGACGCCAAAUCGUCCGAGUGCGAUGAGCUCUACAACCGUCUUUCUUCGACCUUUCCACAGGUCGAUGCCCUCAUGGAAGCCCGCCCCUUUUUGGAGUUCGCCCAGGAACUCGAGGAACAGGCAGUCCGUUACUGCGAGACUACCUUGGCGGAGCGAAUGACCUUCAUGACUGAAGCUCAUGAGGCGCGUAUGGCCUCUGCGCUGGCACAGCAGCGCGAGGCCCUCCAGGCAGAAAAGGAAAUCGCCCUCCGUGACCUGCGAUCCGCUUUGACCGAAGACCACGAGCGCAUCGUGGAGGAGGUCAAGGCUAAGGUCACCGAGGAUGCCGCCGCCGCGAAGGGUCAGGCCAUGAUGGGAAUGUCCACCGCGCACGCAAAAACCCUUGACCAAAUCAAGAGUGAUUACGAGCGCGAACACAACCGGAUCCUUGUUCAAGUCAAGGAAGAAGCCUACUACGAGCGCAAGCAGGCUCUGGACAAUCUCGAGGCGCAGUGGAAACAGGGCCACCGCGAGUCACUCGAGGCUUUGAAGGAGCACUGCGAUCGCCAGAUGGCCGAGGUUGUGAAGGACAAGGACGCGAUCACCCAAGAACUCCACAAUUACCGCCAGGAAGUUGCUCAGAACUUUGACAAGGGCGAAUGGAUCGUCGACGACGGGCUCCCUUCGUAUGAGACCAUGCGAGUUGAGGAGCUCGAGAUCGAGACCAAGGCCCUUCAGAGUCAGAACAAGCACCUGGAGGAACAAGUGGAGGACCUCAAGAUUCGCUUGGACGAACAGAAGUUCGAGACUGCGGUCCAGAGUGCCAAGCAUGGCAAGUGGAAGCAGCGAUUCCGCAUAGAGAGUUUUGAUAAGGAAUGCGUUGAGCAGGAAAAAGAACACGUCGAGGUGUUCCAAAAAAUCCUGAUCGACGUUAUCAAGCAAUUCUCCCAAGCGGUGCCGGAUCCCCCUGAUGAGGUCGCAGUGCUGAUGAAGGGGCUCAACUUGGAGUGA